GCCUGGACGCGUGUAUCUGGACUUCUCUGUGUCUGCGUGCGUCUGCGUGUGUCUGGACUUCUCUGUGUCUGCGUGUGUCUGGAUUUCUCUCCCUCUCGGUCUGUCCAUCUCCCAAAAGUCCAGAAUGUCCACAAGUGACUUCAGGCUGCUGGUGAAGAACGCUCGGCAGGUGGUGUGUGUGUGCAGCGAGGGCCAGAGCUUCCUCCUCAAGCACCAGACACAGAACCUGGCCGUCAUGGAGAACGCAAGUCUGGUCAUCGGGCAUGAUGGUCUGGUGAAGGCAGUGGGCGGAGCUAAGGAGAUUGACGAGCGAUUUCAUGGCUCCUCCUUUGAGAGCGUUCUGGACGUAUCAGGCCUGUGUGUCAUCCCUGGACUGGUGGAUGCACACACACACCCCGUCUGGGCUGGAGACAGAGUCCAUGAGUUCAGCAUGAAGCUGGCGGGCGCGAGCUACAUGGAGGUGCACGGUGCGGGGGGGGGGAUCCACUUCACGGUGGAGGCGACGCGGCGCGCGUGUGAGAGCAGCCUGCAGGAGGCGCUGAUGAGUCGACUGACCCGCAUGCUGCGCGCCGGAACCACGCUGGUGGAGUGCAAGAGCGGCUACGGCCUCGACACACACACCGAGCUCGCCAUGCUGCGCGCCAUCACACACGCGCGACACACACACCCCGUCGCCAUCUCCGCCACCUACUGCGGAGCUCACGCUGUGCCCAGAGGUAAGACUCAGGAGGAGGCGCUGCGUGACGUGCUGGAAGAGCAGCUGCCGCGGCUGCAGGAGUGUGUGUCGCGCGGCGAGGUGUGUGUGGACAACAUCGACGUCUUCUGUGAGAAGGGCGUGUUCGAGCUGGACGCGUCGCGCAAGAUCCUCACCGCCGGCCGUCGCAUGGGACUCAACAUCAACUUCCACGGAGACGAACUGCACCCCAUGAAAGCAGCGGAGAUGGGGGCGGAGCUUGGAGCGCUGGCUAUCAGUCAUCUGGAGGAAGUGUCUGAUGAGGGCAUCGCUGCUAUGGCAACGGCAAAAACUGCCGCUGUGCUUCUGCCAACCACUGCUUACAUCCUGAGGCUGAAGCAGCCGAGGGCUCGGGAUAUGCUGGACGCUGGAGUCAUUGUGGCGCUGGGCAGCGAUUUUAACCCCAACGCCUACUGCUGCUCCAUGCCUCUGGUAAUGCACCUGGCGUGUGUGAACAUGCAUCUGUCUCUAAAUGAAGCUCUUGCUGCUGCUACCAUCAAUGCAGCGUACGCUUUGGGCUGCUCACACACACACGGCUCCCUGGAGCCAGGCAAGCAAGGAGACCUGCUCGUCAUCAACUCUCCCAGGUGGGAGCAUCUGAUCUAUCAGCUUGGUGGUCAUCAGGAGCUCAUCAAACAUGUCAUCAUCAAAGGGCACAUUGCCCAUGACAACAAGGACACACUUGGCCUCUAAACACACACACACACACACGUCACAGCAGCUACAAACACACACACACGCCACAGCAGCUACAAACACACACACACACACACACACACGCCACAGCAGCUACAAACACACACACACACACACACACACAUGCCACAGCAGCAACCCCUAGCCCCCCGAUCACUCUCCUUGAAGAUCCAUCUUCUCCUGGGAUUCAUCUUUGGCUUCUUCCUGCCCUCUGCCUCCAUGGAGCUUUCAGGUCCUCUUUCAGGUCCUCUUCUGGCAGAGCUGGGAACGAACCCACAGCGGAUGGUGAGCGGAUGGUAAGCGGAUGGAUGGUAAUCCCAGAGGCUACCACUGCCCCAAUGGCUCGCCCGUCUGCUUCUAUUUCCCAUCCUCAGAGAUAUCAAGUGAUGCCUACAAAGGCUGGUUAGAGGAACAGUAUCUACUAGAAACGCAUCCCUGCUGAAAAAAACAGCAUGACCAGCUUAAGGUGGUUUGCUGGCUGACCAGCUUGUUAACCAGCUUGUUUGACCGCCCUAUGAUGGUUAACCAGCUAGACCAGC